AUGGCGGCUGAACUCCGCGUCGCCGCCAUGGGCAUCAACUACAUAAAGACGAUACGGGUAGUAUUCCUUUUCUUCGCCUUCCGACUCGGUGCCUUGACCCUGGAGACGCUGUUCCUCGCCCAAUCAUUGACGAAACGACAGCCGCCGGGUCCGCCGAUGGAGCGGAUGAGGACCCUGGAAAGGGUCGUCGAGACACGCAUCGAUUUACUCGAAUUCGAAAAGGCGGACGAGGUGCGAGAAGACUGUGCUUGCUGCCGAUCGCUCGACUGCGACAUAAUUUUUGCCCUUCUAUUCACGCUAGUGAUCGCCUGCCUUCUCGUGCUCAUCAUGGUCUUUUGGCUGAAGGGCGUGCUCGCGUACGAGGAGAGCCGUGGGUUAGACAUGGCGGCAGUAUUUUGCUACUGUAUUAAAUUAACGGUUGGGGUGGUAGAUUGCGACGACCAAGUGGAUUGGAUACACAACGCGUCGCGGGGCGAAUUCUCGUUCCCGCGACUUCCCAAAAUCCCCACACAACACCUCGAUGCCACACGGGCACCCAUCAAGAAUCUGCAGUGUGUAUACACGUUUAUCGCGGGACCGGGCAAGCGCGUGAGGCUCGAGUUCGACCAGUUCCAGCUGGCCGGCAGUGCCGACAACUGCGAACUCGAAUACGUGGACAUCUACUCGGAGCUGGAGAAGGCCGAGCCGGAUUUGCUGUCGGCUACUUUGUCGGGUCGAUAUUGUGGAUCUGUGUCUCCGUAUGUCCGAAUCAGUCUUCACGAUGUCUUGGUCCUCGUCUUUCAUUCCCGCGCCGGCGACACGCUCGGCCGAGACUUUCGCUUUCGCGGCAGAUAUUCAUUUAUUGACGACAAAAAAUUCACUCCGGGCGAGCCGGUCACGGGUUAUAAGUGUCACUACCUCAUCGAGCCGAGUCGAUACUCCUCGCAAAAAAAAAGCCAUCACAUUCUGAGCCCGACUUACCCGGGCGCGUACCCGCGCAACUUCCACUGUGCCUAUCAUCUGAAGGGACGACCGGGCGAGCGCGUUCGGCUGUUCUUUCAAGAUUUUGACCUGUGUUUUGGCGGGGAACAUUGCCCUUAUGAUACGGUCACAAUCUACGAUGGGCCCACCUCAGCAUCGCCAAUCAUUCGAAAGAUGUGCGGCCUACAACUGAGAGAAGAAGUCUUUUCGGUGGGUUCCGAUCUCUUGAUCCACUUCAACACUUCCGGCUCUAGCAAAGGAGAUCCUAGAGGCUUCUUCCUUGAAUACGAGAUAUCUUCGAAAUUCGUCGAUGUCGAGCAGUUACUUGGCGGAGAGAAGGGAGUAACGCACGUGCGGGGCAGCGAAUGUGAUGUGAGGGUGGAGAGCAACAAGGAGACCACACAUCACAUCCAUAGUCCUCAGUACCCGCACAAAUACCCAGCCAACUCGACGUGCACAUACAUUCUUGAUGGGCUGCAGGGCGAGCAGAAUCUCGAAAAAGUGCUGCUCACCUUCGAUACACUAGCCGUCAUCUCGGAUGCACCGGAUGGACAUCACCACCAUCACGGAUCCCAUGGAAAUGAAGAAGUAACGUGUCCGAAUGCCUGGGUUGGCGUCGCUAUAACCGAGGGCAACAUCAAGGCGACGCUGAGCAGCAAGGAUGAGAGCAAUUUUGACGCGACCCUUUGUGACCGGAUAUCCAAAGGAUCUGCCGCGAUGGGGCCAUAUGAGUCGGAAGGGGCCCGAAUGGUGGUGCAAUUCGGGACGAGUAAUCAUACAUCAACGGAUGGCCAACAUCCGCUUGGUUUCAAGGCUACGAUCCAAUUCAAAACAGAUUUUGGCGUACCGGGCGACCCGAUGGGCGACUCAAAUGAAUGCCUCUUUCGCUUCACCCAGCCCAACGGCUUUUUCAACAGCCCCCGAUACCCGGCAAAUUACCCGCUCGACACAAAUUGCACCUACCUGAUCGAGGGGCGGCCUGGAGAUGUGGUGCUAAUCUAUUUCGAGCAUUUUGCCCUAUUCUCCGAAAAUGCUGGGGAUAGGUGUAAGGACUGGAUCGAGAUCUAUGACGUAUUCCGGGAAGCUGACGGCUCGGAGAGGCUAUCUGUGCCAGUGAGCUACUGCGCCGGCACAUUCCCGGGCCCCCGGCGAUCAGCAGAGGGCUCUCACGAAAUGCGCAUCCUUUUCAGCUCCGAUUCGAACGGGUCGAACAACGGCUUCAAGGCGCUGUACGAGAUUCGAAAACGUGUCCCCUCGGCCCCAAGCAAACAGGAUGACAUGGCCGGAUGUGGCCCUCUGAAGAUAGAAGCCUCGGCCGAGAACCCAUCCGGAUACAUCCGUUCCCCGGGCUUCGGGGCCAAAUAUCAGGAGAACGUCUUCUGUGACUGGUCGAUCACCGCCCGACCGGGCAAUCGGCUGCUGCUCCAUUUGGUGGCCAUGCAGGUGGAAGGGGCGAUGGGCGAUGUCGACACACCAUCCUGCCCCAAAGCCGUCAUACGGGUAUCCACCGUCGACCAAAAAUACGAAUUCUGCGGGACGGUGGCCACCGUCAUACCGCCAAUUAUCACUUCAAACAACACGGUCCGCAUCACGUUCCUAACGGCACCGGACAAAGUCAACGGGCUGAGCGGCUUCAAUUUCACGUGGACCGAAGUGAGGCCGGCCGAAGAAGAGACGUGCUCCGGUGAUGAUGUGUAUUUGUGUACAUAUUCCAAGUUGUGCAUCUCUUCCCGGUUGCGCUGUGACGAUGAUCUGAACUGCCGCACCGCCACCGAGCACGACGAUUCCGACGAGUCACACUGUGUCCUAAAGGAGAGCUCAGCAGAUCGAACCCUUGUUUUGGCGAUGGUCGUCUGCGGCGGGAUCUUUGCCUUCAUAUUGAUCUUCUUCUGCUACUUGUUCAAGUCAAAAUUGACGAGACGAAAGAAGGGUAACGGAGUACCACCGGCUGCCAGACUCCGACCGAGGCAUCCGGCUGGCCGGCCGAAGAUCCAAAGACAACCACAUAGCCAUGAGUCGGGCCUUGGCGUCAGCGCGGCAUCACGAUUCGCCCAUCAUGACGCUACAGGCCUCCUGCCUUCAUUGGCAACACCCUUCGACUCAAUAACAAACCGCAUCCUUCUCCCCGAGCCCGACACGGAUGGGAUCCAGACUUUCUAUGGU